AUGUCUGGUUCCAAGACGCCCCCAGCGUCCCUGUCCCCUACCAACCCGCAGAGCAUGAUGGCAGCCGCUGAGGCAGGACCCCAGACUCAGGACCGGGUGGAAUUUAAGGACGUGGCUGUCAACUUCUCGGAAGAAGAAUGGACACUUCUUGAUGACUCUCAGAGGCUCCUGUACUGCAGUGUGAUGAUGGAGAUCUUUGACCUCAUGGCGUCAUUGGACCUCAUACCUGCUGGGGUCCGUGACAUCACUCAGCUGGAGUCUUCAGGAGGUCCCUUCACCCCUACACUGAGAUUCAAGGCUCCAGGAUGUUCGAACAGAGAGAUGUUACCCAUUGAGCGGAGCACUUCUCCUCAGGAAGGAAUUGGUGCAACCAUGCUUGUUCGGCAGAAGCAGACACGUGCUAAGAAACCCCUAGAAAGGAAACAGGUAAGGAUUCCAGCUAUGAAGACAGGCAGAAGUGACCUUCCAGAGAAGACAUCACAAAGCACAGACCAUGUGAUGGAUUUCCAGGAUUCCUCAAGUCUUCUUGGGUCUCAGGUGACUCCCAGCACUGGGCAGCCAAACAGAAGCUCUGAGAACGCAGAGUCCAUUCAGUCCGACAAUGGAAACCACAAAUGCAGUGACUGUGGCAAAAUUUUUAGUCAUAAGUUCGGGCUUAUCCGACACCAGAGAAUACACACUGGAGAAAGGCCCUUUACGUGCCAUGAGUGUGGGAGAUCCUUCCGGCAAAAUGCCCAUCUCAUUGUGCACUUGAGAAUCCACACUGGCGAAAAGCGUUUUAAAUGCAGCGAAUGUGGAAAAGCUUUCAAUUAUAAAAGCUCUCUCACUCACCAUCUGAACGCCCACAAUGGAGAAAUGCCUUAUAAGUGUAGCAAGUGUGGGAAAUUAUACAGGAACAAGUCCAGCUUGGUGUGCCAUUAUCGAGUCCACACUGGGGAAAAGCCCUUUGAGUGCACUGUAUGUGGAGAAUCAUUUAGGAACAGAGACAGCCUUGCAAGUCAUUAUCGAUUUCAUACUGGUGAAAGGCCUUUCCAGUGUAGCGAAUGUGGAAAAUGUUUCAUCCAAAACUCUCACCUCGUGAAACACCAAAAAGUGCAUAGCAAGCCUUUCAUGUGCAGUGAGUGUGGGAGCGUCUUCACUUCAGGUUACAGCCUCAUUAGACAUAAGAGGGUUCAUGACACAAGAAAGCAAUACGAGUGCACGGAAUGUGACAAAGUGUAUUGCCAUAGCUCUGGCCUCUAUAAACAUCGCAAGGUUCACAGCAGAUAG